GAGGGAGAGCGCACGGAGCGCAAGCCGCUCAGAGGCUGAGUAGUCCACCCGAGCCGCGCCGAACCUCCGGACAAUGGGGCCGCGGCGACUGCUGCUCGUGGCCGCCGGACUCAGUCUGUGCGGCCCCCUGCUGUCGGUCCGCACUCGAGGCCGCAAGCCCGAGUCAAAAGCAACCAAUGCUACUGUGGAUCCCCGGUCAUUUUUUCUCAAGAUCAAGAAUGAUAUAUUUGAACCAUUCCCACUGGAUGGCGAUGAGGAGAAAAACAGGAGCAGGUUCCCCGAAGACAGACUAAGCCCCAUCAAUAUAAGCCAUCCCCUUCAAAAACUGCACCCUGUAUUUAUCUCAGAAGAUGCCUCAGGGUAUCUUACCAGCACCUGGAUGACACUUUUUAUCCCCUCUGUCUACACUGGCGUGUUUGUCAUAAGCCUUCCUCUGAAUAUCAUGGCCGUUGUUGUGUUUAUCUUGAAGAUGAAGGUCAAGAAGCCCGCUGUGGUAUACAUGCUGCAUCUGGCCACGGCAGACGUGCUCUUUGUGUCAGUGCUCCCGUUCAAGAUCAGCUAUUACUUUUCCGGCAGUGAUUGGAGAUUUGGUUCCGAAAUGUGUCGCUUUGUCACCGCAGCCUUUUACUGUAACAUGUACGCCUCCAUCAUGCUCAUGACAGUCAUAAGCAUUGACCGGUUUUUGGCCGUGGUGUACCCCAUCCAGUCCCUCUCCUGGCGUACCCUGGGGAGGGCUUCCUUCACUUGUCUGGCCAUCUGGGCUCUGGCCAUUGCGGGGGUGGUGCCUCUCCUUCUCAAGGAGCAAACCACCCAGGUGCCGGGGCUCAACGUCACCACCUGCCAUGACGUGCUCAGUGUAACCCUCCUCAAAGGCUACUAUGCCUAUUACUUCUUAGCCUUCUCUGCUGUCUUCUUCUUUGUGCCCCUGAUCGUUUCCACCAUCUGUUACGUGUCUAUCAUUCGAUGUCUUAGCUCCUCCGCGGUCGCCAACCGGAGCAAGAAGUCCCGGGCUUUGUUCCUUUCGCUUGCUGUUUUCUGCAUCUUCCUCCUCUGCUUUGGUCCCACAAACAUCCUCCUGAUUCUGCAUUACUCCUUCAUUUCUCAGGAGUCCAUGACAGAGGCUGCCUACUUUGCCUACCUCCUCUGUGUAUGUGUCAGCAGCAUCAGCUGUUGCAUUGAUCCCUUGAUUUACUAUUAUGCCUCUUCCGAAUGCCAGAGGUACCUCUGCAGCAUCUUAUGCUGCAAGGAAAGUUCUGAUCCCAGCAGCUACAACAGCAGCGGUCAGCUGAUGGCCAGCAAAAUGGAUACCUGCUCAAGUCACCUGAAUAACAGCAUAUACAAAAAGCUCUUAACUUAGGGAAAGGGACUGCUGAUGAGUUAAAAAGAAGAGGUUAAAAAAGCGAAUAGCCUGAGGGUUCUAUUAGUCCCCACCAAAAAAGUAUUUACGAUCAAAAACAACAAAUCUAUGAUUCGCAUGCCUCUUUCUUAUGAGAGCCAUUGAUCAUAUCUAUUUGUUAGUUUAUAGGAAAAGAUAGCAAACAUCGAAAACAGUGUCAUUCCAAGAGUGUUUCUCCAGUGCUACAGUAAUAACUGAAUGUCAUAUUCUGAUACACAUAGGUGACUUACUAUGUAUGUGCAUUUGUGCAUAUAUAGGUGUGUAUACACACACUUAUAUCAUUUGCAGUGCAGUAUAGAAUAGGCACUUUGGAACCCUCCCUUUUUUCCACCAGAGAUUAAGGAAAGAAACAUUCCAGUUGGUGGAGUUUAACCCGGAGCAUCUGAAGAUGUUCGCCAAUAGGGAGGGAAUCUGUUGUUUGGACUUACACAGCUUUUGCAAAUAAGUGUAUUUUGAAAUUGUUCAACAACAAUGUUUAAGUUAUUAAGGGAUAAGACUUAGUACUAUCUGUGUGUAGAAAAAGUUCUACUCUUUGUCACUGUAAACGUAUCAAGGUUUGAAUUCUUUAAAUUAUGGGAACAGAUGAUAGGGGUAGCAUUUUUGAUGUUUUAUACUCUGUGUCUAUAAAUUGAGAAUGAGCAUAGGUCCCACAAGUGACCUUAGGUUGGCUUUCAAAGUAACCUGCCCCGAGAUGGGGGACUCCAAGCAAUAGAUAAAAGCAGGGCCCUUUCAGACACAGACUGGCCAGAAAAGCCUCCAGCUGAGCCUCCCAGAGGUCAGCACUGGAACCACCACGGUUGCUCUGUCCUCCUGAGGUUCCCUCAAGGGGUGGCUGUGAACUCUCUUGUUUAUUAGAAAUUGGCAAAGUAAUCUUGGAAGCAGCUUUGGUCAAGACUUCAGAUGACCACUGCCACAAGUGGACUACAACCUCAUGAGAGCCAGGACUAAGAUAUGCCCAGAUUCCUGACCUACGGAAACAGUGUGAGGUAAAAGAUGUUCAUUGUUUUAAGUCAGAGGAGUUGGCACACUGUCAAUGGAAGGCCAAAUCCAUUCUGCUGCCUGUUUUUGUAAAUAAAGUUUUUUUGGAACACACAGACACACACAAAAAGAAAUUGGCAAAGUAGGUCAUGCUAUCCCAGGAGAUAAUGGAUAUAAAAGACCUCUCUGCCCAUUUUAAGAACGAGAAAGAAGGCCCACUCACUUCCAGCAGUUAUACCCCAAGGAGCAUUCUGGAAUGGAAACACUCAUGGAGCAAACAUGAAACACAUUUUGUGCUCUGGGCACAGGUAUGGGUGCUGGGCAUACAGAGUUGAGAAAGACUGAGACCGGCCAUCAAGAAAAACAAAGUAGACCAAUGCAGAGUGUGUAUGUGUAUAAUAAAU